CGUCGUUCUUACCACCAUCAUUAAAUUUUUUCCCCAAUUUUUUUCUUCUUUUUUUACAAUCCCUUCUUCAAACAAAAUCCCCCGUCUCUCUCUGAAUCUCUCCUCUUCUAAAGAAAAUUUAGCCCGAAAAGAAGUGUAAGGGGAACCUCUUUGAAACGAUGUCGUCUUCGUCGUCGUUGAGGAAACCUUCGUUCCUUUCACGGAGAUUCUCGAGAUCAUUAAAAUCGUCGACCAAAACGGCGUCGUUUGGGACAGUCGCGACCACGGCGAGUCAGCCUGAGUCGUCUUCUUCGUCGUCACCUCCUUCGGCGGAGGACGGAGGGGAAUCGUGGUCGACGAUGCUGCCGGAGUUGUUAGGAGAGAUCAUGGAGCGCGUGGAGGCUAGUGAAGAUCGGUGGCCUCAAAGGCAGAACGUCGUCGCUUGCGCGUGCGUAUGUAAGAAGUGGAGAGAAGUUACGAGAGAGAUCGUUAGGGCUUCUCCUCCUAGUAGUGGCAAAAUCACGUUUCCUUCGUGUCUUAAACAACCUGGUCCCCGUGAUUUUCCGAACCAGUGUAUUAUAAAGCGGAACAAAAAAAACUCAACAUUCUACCUUUAUCUUGCUCUUACACCUUCAUUCACCGACAAGGGGAAGUUUCUAUUGGCAGCACGAAGAUAUCGACAUGGUGCUCAUAUUGAGUAUAUUAUAUCCCUUGAUGCGGAUGACCUAUCCCAAGGCAGUAAUGCCUAUGUUGGGAAGUUAAGUUCGGAUUUUCUAGGCACCAACUUUACGAUCUAUGAUAGUCAGCCGCCUCACAGUGGUGCGAAGCCCUCAAGCAGCAGAGCCAGUCGCAGAUUUGCAAGUAAGCAAAUCAGCCCCCAAGUGCCAGCUGGCAAUUUUGAGGUUGGACAAGUGUCUUACAAGUUCAAUCUCUUGAAAUCAAGAGGUCCAAGGAGGAUGGUUUGCUCAAUAAAACGCCCUUUGCUGGAAGAAAGGGCUGAUGACAAGCAUUUAGAUGACUCCAAGAUGAAGAUGCCAGAGUAUGCUGCCUCUGGUGAAACAAUUUUGAGAAAUAAAGCUCCAAGAUGGCAUGAACAUUUACAGUGCUGGUGCUUGAAUUUCCAUGGUCGGGUAACAGUAGCAUCUGUGAAAAACUUCCAGCUGGUCGCGACUGUGGACCAGAGCCAACCUGGAGGGAAAGGAGACGAGGAAACGGUGCUCCUCCAGUUUGGGAAAGUAGGGGAUGAUACAUUCACCAUGGAUUAUAGGCAGCCCUUGUCAGCCUUUCUAGCUUUUGCCAUCUGUCUUACAAGCUUUGGCACAAAAUUGGCUUGCGAGUGAUAUAUAUUUCCAUGUAUAAUAUAUAUUUUUAUUAUAGUGACAAGUUAUCCUCCAUGUUUAAUAUAAUUAUGAUUCUACUGAAUGUCACUUUGAAAAGUUUUGGACAGCCUUGGUUUGUUGGGACAAAGCAAAUCAUUGUACAUGUUCCUAUGUAUCUACAGCAUUUUCUGAAAUUAUUGGCUGCCAACAUA